GAAAUUCGUGAAAAUCGGAAAAAUAUUCAGUCAAAUGGGAUUUCCGCAGGAAAACGGAGAUGCGUCGACCGUAGUUUGAGGUAAACGUCUCGCGAAAACGCUUGCAAAUUCACACGUGUUGCGCGUGCCAAUUGCUAAAUCACGGAAAAGCGACUUUUUAUUUUACGUCAUACGAGCAGUUUCGUGUCUCGAGAAUCGUUUUCUAAAUAAUUAAUUAAAUUGCACACAUGUUCAUGGUUAUUCUUAUCCUUUUUCGUUGAGGGACACUGGCGUUUCGGUCAACACAGCACGAGUGUGUGGAACGAUCCACUGAAAAAUUACUCGCGGUUACGAGCGAACGAAAAAAAAAUAUCCUGUGGAAAGUUUUUCAUUCGAAUUUUCUCUUUUGCCCAUCUCUAGCAGUGUUUGGAAGGAGCAUCGCUGCAAAAAAUAUAGAAAAAUAGAAAAAGGAUAACUCUUCGGGGUGCUCUUCAUACAAUAUUCAUGAUGUUGAAAUUACUGCAAAAAAUAAUAAUAAAAUAACAAAUGCGUGCCGAAAGUCAAUUGUAUCAAUAAACACACACACAGAAAAUAUUUUCCGAUUGAUUCAAUCACCGCCAACAAACAAUAAGGACAAAAGCGACGACGACGACACAUCAUCAUCGAAGUUCGUCGGUUCGAAAGGAAACACAUGAAUGUUUCCUUUUUUUUAUUUACUUCUUCAUUUUGUCGAUGAUCGAUUAAGGCUCAAGGCCAAUCUCCCUCCGGCUCUCUAUCACACACACGAAAAAACACACAUUUUGAAUUAAGCGCACAGACACGGUGCAAGGCACUCGUUAAGAUUUUAUAGCAAAGCAAAGCAAUUAACGUACAAAACACAUACAAGAUACUCCGCUCAGGCUCUCUAUUUACAAAAACAAACAAAAAAAAAGUAUUAAAAAUGCCGCAAAAGCUAGGCUCCAUCAAAAAGCAUGUGGUCAGACGAAAAAAGAAGAUCACACGUAGCCAAGUCGUUAAAGUAUUAAAAGCCACUAUGGAUAAACAGCAACAGCAACAAUCAUCCUCGGCAGAGAUGCCAGCAAAUCAGAAGGAAAUUGAAAGUGAAUUUUACACAACAGGCAGAAUUGGGAGGCGAAAUGCGCUGCCGGAUAUUCUCGCAGAACAUUGUACCACGAGUACAGCCGAUCUCCCCGAUAACUUUAGUGCACUUACGACGCAGGAAACUCCAUCACAAAAUAACGCCAGUAGUUCACAAUCUGGACCAAGUGAGCCUGUCACUGAAGUGUCAUCAAACAAAACUUAGAUUAGAUUUUCAUAACGAUUUAAUUAUGGUAACAUAAAAUAAUUAUAUAAUCAAAACUUUUGACAAAGUAAACAUUUUGUAAUUAAACAGAAGGAACAUCAUAGGUCGUGCUGUACCUAAAAAACUUGCGCGAACGUAAACUUUUUCCUUCAAUGAUUCAAAAAUAAAUAAAUAAUUAAAAAUUAAUUUUUUAUUUAUUUUUUGAUCGUUUUUUGAAGAAAAAGUUUACAUGUACUUACAACGGAAGAGAAAAAAAAAUCCCCAAAAAAAUAAAAAUUGAA